UCUCACGCGCGUGCGCAAACCGGAACCGUGCGUCUGAAGGGGAAGGCGGAAGGACAGCCUUACCUCCGUAGGGGUCAGAGGAGGAAGUUUCUCCUGCUUGCUGUGGGGCGCGAGUGUCCGCGGCGGCCUCCUGAACAGUUCUCAGCUUCCCUGCAGGAAAAAACAUCACUAUGUCUUCUGGUUUGUUGCCCAAGCCACAAAUGAAAGACCUCCUGGGAAAAUUUGCGAGAAGGAAUUUUCUGAUUGGAGUUACUUUAGUAACAGGAUGUCUGAUUUACUUGGAGUUUGCUUUCAUUCAAGGAAGGCAAAAACAAUACAGAGAUUUCUAUAAAACAUUUGACUUCGCGAAAGACUUUGAGGACAAGAAAAAAGCAGGAGUGUUUCAAAGCGUGAGGCCUGGUGACGCCUAAUAAUCAUAGAGCUGCCUCUUGGACACAAGAUAAUUGAAGAUUAUUGUGAUCCGUAACGAUCACCUUCAGUGCUGGUCCUGCUGUAAUUUGCUCAUUAAACCAAAUCCUUAUCUCAGA